ACAUCAGUUGGUGACACAAAGUCUUCUGCAACUGUCUAUCGACAAGUAAAGAAAUAUCUACCGUGGAUAACCAUGCCUAAGUGCCCAACGUGCAACAAAGAGGUGUAUUUCGCCGAAAAGGUUUCAUCAAUCGGAAAAGACUGGCAUCGAGCAUGUUUAAAGUGUACAAAAUGCAAUAAGACUUUGACAACAGGUAGCCAUGCUGAGAGAGAAGGUAAACCAUAUUGUAAUAAUCCUUGUUACGCAGCCCUGUUUGGCCCUAAAGGAUUUGGCCAUGGUGGAACAGAGAGUCAUACCUACAAAUAAUUAACACCCCCUCCCCCGAAAAAAGUACGCAUAGAGAUGUCUCUUCAUCAAUUUGAAUUGUUCAGAAUAUACAUGUAACCCUCUUUAAAGCUACAGUGCAUGUUAAUUUACUUAGGUAAUAAAUGGAAGUUAUCAAUAAUAUCUGCCUUGAUGUGUUACUGUAAAAAUAUUGGAAUUUGAUUAUUAAAAAGUUUAAUGUCUUU